AUGCUCAACAACGCCCCACCUCUCGAAACACCAAACGACAGCACCCACUCCCUCGACAACCAAUGGCUCGUAGUCCAAAUCCCCAACUCGGAAAUCUACUCCAACGACGGUGACGAGAAACCCAUUCCCCCGGCGGAACCCUCCAAAAACUCCUCCUGGCUAGAACGGCACAUCAAACCCCCCGCCGCGCUCUCGCACAAACAUCACAGCAGCAGCAAAGCGACGACGGGGAUCCGCAUGACGCGCGCCGAGUUCUACGCGCACUUCAUCAAGGACGAGAAGACGGGCGCGUACCGCGCGGACACGACGGAGCCGGCGGGCGGCAGGAAGGCGUGGUUGCAGGAGCGGCUGCAGAGGAUGAAGGACGAUCCGGCGAGCUGGGAUUUGUGGACGCGGGAGAGUAGGCGGUUGGUUGCUACGAGGGGCACGGGGGGUAUAGCGGCGUUUGGUGGGUUGGGGGGGAUGGGUGGCAUGGGUGGCAUGGGUGCGUGA